AUGACUUCUUCUAGUAAUACAAAUGCUCCUAUGAAUCGAUCCUCCACUCCGAACCCAGUGAAUGUACAACCACAGUAUCAAACUGAUCAGUAUGAGAAUCCGUAUCAUCUGCAUAGUGCUGACCACGCAGGACUUGUUCUCGUCUCUGAUCGUCUUGUCACUGUUUCUGAUUUUCCUUCCUGGCGUCGAUCGGUGUGGAUGGCUCUUAAUGUCAGAAACAAACUUGGAUUUAUCAAUGGUACGAUCUCAAAACCCCAAGAAGAUCAUAGAGAUUUUGGUGUAUGGUCUAGAUGCAAUGAUAUGGAAUUUGGAAGAAUAUAUUGUCUCGUUUUAAAGCAAAAUGAUGCUCCUAGGAUCUUUUCUAUUGAACAGAAGCUUAGUCAGAUUGUUCAAGGAUCAAUGGAUGUGUCUACAUAUUAUACGGCUUUGCUUACUUUGUGGGAAGAACAUAAGAAUUAUGUGGAACUUCCAGUAUGUACCUGUGGAAGAUGUGAAUGUGAUGCAGCCACUAAAUGGGAACGACUGCAACAACAAAGUCGUGUGACUAAAUUAUUGAUGGGGUUGAAUGAGGGUUAUGAUCAGGCUAGACGUCAUAUAUUAAUGCUUAAGCCGAUCCCUACCAUUGAAGAAGCCUUCAACAUGGUGACACAAGAUGAACGACAGAUAGUGGUUAAACCGACUACAGGAAUUGACAAUGUGGCUUUUCAAAGUGUAGCUCCGAUGAAUGAUGCAGAGAGUGCCUAUAUAGCCGCUUAUAACACUAAUAGGACUAUUCAAAAGCCUAUUUUUUCUCAUUGUGGCAAAGUCGGUCACACUAUUCAGAAGUGUUACAAGCUUCAUGGUUUUCCCCCUGGUUACAAGACUAAUGCUACGGGAUACAAUUACAUACCUCCAAAUCAGUUCCAGCCUCGGUUGCCUACAAUGCAGUCUCAGCCAAGGAUGUCUCAAUAA